GCCUGCGCGCGCGCCCCCGCUCGCGGCCCGGCUCAGUGUCGGGAGCGCGCUCUGUGUGGCCGCUGCCGCCAUGUUGUUGUGGUUGUGAGAAGGCGGCGGCGGCAGCGGAGGAACAGCCGGACGAGAGGCUCCAGCGGCUCAGGCGCUGCCCCCCGCCGGCCCUGGCUGGGAGCCUAGUGGGGUGGCGGAGGUGGCCGUGCCGUGGCGGGCCUCGCCAUGUCUUGCCGCCCGAACCUUAUAUCAAGUACUCAACUUCUGCAGCUGACAAAAAUGAGGAAACUUCGUGAACUUCCCAGACUGACACAAGUUGGAAAAUGCAAGAAACUGAGUGGUGCUGAUGGACCUUGGAGAUUGACUUGUGAAACCUUCUAAUAGAGAAAGUUCUUGGGACAAACUUCACUUGAUCCACGUGUAAAGGAUAUUCUUGCCAGACACUGAAGAAAGGAAGGGGAUUUCUCCUUCUAAUCUGGGCCUCCUGUCAUGGAUGAAGAGACUCGGCACAGCAUUGAGUGCAUCCAGGCCAAUCAGAUUUUUCCCAGGAAGCAGCUGAUCCGGGAGGAUGAGAAUCUUCAGGUUCCUUUUCUCGAACUUCAUGGAGAAAGCACAGAGUAUGUGGGCCGUGCUGAGGAUGCCAUCAUUGCCCUUUCUAAUUAUAGACUUCACAUCAAGUUCAAGGAGUCUCUUGUUAAUACUGCCUCUCAAUCUGCUGCUUCUGAAAUCCCAGUUCCAUUACAGCUUAUAGAAAGUGUUGAAUGCCGAGAUAUAUUUCAGCUUCAUUUGACUUGCAAAGACUGCAAAGUUAUCAGGUGUCAGUUCUCAACCUUUGAGCAGUGUCAAGAGUGGCUCAAGAGACUGAACAAUGCAAUCCGACCACCUGCGAAAAUAGAAGAUCUAUUCUCAUUUGCAUACCACGCUUGGUGCAUGGAGGUCUACGCCAGUGAAAAAGAGCAACAUGGAGACCUAUGCAGACCAGGGGAGCAUGUAACGUCAAGGUUUAAAAACGAAGUGGAGCGAAUGGGUUUUGAUAUGAACAAUGCCUGGAGGAUUUCCAACAUCAAUGAGAAGUACAAGCUAUGUGGUAGCUAUCCACAGGAGCUCAUAGUGCCUGCCUGGAUCACUGACAAAGAACUAGAGAGUGUUGCAAGCUUCAGGUCCUGGAAGCGCAUCCCUGCCGUCGUUUACAGGCACCAGAGUAAUGGAGCUGUCAUUGCCCGCUGUGGACAGCCGGAGGUCAGCUGGUGGGGCUGGCGAAAUGCUGAUGAUGAGCACCUGGUGCAGUCGGUAGCCAAAGCUUGUGCCUCUGACUCCCGAUCAAGUGGCAGCAAGCUGUCAACUAGGAACAGUUCUCGAGACUUUCCCCAUGCGGGAGACCUUUCUGAUGUGGAAUUUGAUUCUUCUCUGUCGAAUGCUUCAGGAGCAGACAGUUUAGCCAUCCAACCACAGAAGCUUUUGAUCUUGGACGCACGUUCCUAUGCUGCAGCUGUGGCGAACCGAGCCAAAGGAGGAGGCUGUGAAUGCCCGGAGUAUUACCCAAACUGUGAGGUCGUGUUUAUGGGGAUGGCAAAUAUUCAUUCAAUUCGGAGGAGUUUUCAGUCUCUGCGGUUGCUGUGCACACAGAUGCCGGAUCCGGGAAAUUGGCUUUCAGCCCUUGAAAGCACAAAAUGGCUCCAUCACCUGUCUGUGCUCCUGAAGUCGGCACUUCUGGUAGUGCACGCCGUGGAUCGUGAUCAGCGGCCUGUACUAGCGCACUGCUCAGAUGGCUGGGACCGCACUCCCCAGAUUGUGGCAUUGGCUAAGCUCUUGCUGGAUCCGUAUUACCGAACCAUAGAGGGUUUCCAGGUCCUUGUGGAGAUGGAGUGGCUGGAUUUUGGUCACAAGUUUGCCGACCGGUGUGGUCACGGGGAGAACUCCGAUGACCUGAACGAGCGCUGCCCCGUGUUUCUGCAGUGGCUUGACUGCGUUCAUCAGCUUCAGAGGCAAUUUCCUUGCUCUUUUGAGUUCAAUGAAGCAUUCCUUGUGAAACUGGUGCAACAUACCUAUUCCUGCCUGUUUGGAACAUUCCUGUGCAACAAUGCCAAGGAGAGAGGGGAAAAGCAUACUCAGGAGCGGACGUGUUCUGUGUGGUCAUUGCUUCGGGCAGGCAACAAGGCUUUCAAAAACCUACUGUAUUCCUCUCAGUCGGAAGCCGUGCUGUACCCUGUGUGUCACGUGCGUAACCUGAUGCUGUGGAGUGCAGUGUACCUGCCCUGUCCAUCCCCAUCCACCCCCGUGGACGACAGCUGUGCACCGUACCCAGCCCCCGGCACCAGCCCUGAUGAUCCGCCCCUGAGCCGGCUACCAAAGACUAGAUCAUUUGACAAUCUGACUACAGCUUGUGACAACACAGUGCCUCUGGCCAGCCGGCGCAGCAGUGACCCAAGUCUGAAUGAGAAGUGGCAGGAGCACCGGCGCUCACUGGAACUGAGCAGCCUAGCUGGUCCUGGGGAGGAGCCUCUCGAUCCUGACAGCCUGGGAAAGCCAACCAAAGUGCUGGGCGGUGCCGAGCUGUCUGUCGCCGCUGGAGUGGCUGAGGGGCAGAUGGAGAACAUUUUGCAAGAGGCCACCAAAGAGGAGAGUGGGGUAGAGGAACCUCCCCAUAGAGGGAGCGUUGAGAUACAGGAGGUCGAAGAGGAGGCUGUCUUAGAAAAGCAGAUCAGGGUGAAGACCCCUGAGGCCAUUAUCUUUCCUCAAGAACCAGAACUGGGUGAUGCUGCUCUGGUGAACCGUCCAGGCACUGGCCUCUCUGUGUUCUCCCACGAUAUUCCUGAGCAGCAGGGUGGGCACAGUGUUCUUCCCAGUUUUCUCCCAGAGUCCCCCGAGGGAGAGGAUGCCCAGGAGGUCCCUUUGGAACAGCCCCAAAUAGGAGCUACCACAGAGGGUAGGGAGGAAGCUUUUCUUCCAGUCCCAGUAGAUGCAAAAGUUGGCUAUGGUACCUCACAUUCAAGUUCUCUGCUGCCGUCCCAAGUCCCAUUUGAGGCCAGAGGACCAAAUACAGACAGUUCAAUGGACAUGUUAACAGAAGAUCAAGUCAAGUCGGAAAGUGGGCCCGAAGGCCAUCGUACACCUUGCCUGGUAAACAGUGGCUGGUCCAGUGGCAAGCACAUGCUUCCUCAAACCAUGGAGCCCCGGCCUUCGGGGAAGAGCCUAGCUGAGAGGCCCCAGGUGGCGUCUGUGGUACAUAGGACUUCCCCUGGCAGCACCCACAGCCCAACACAUUCUCCUUGUGCCUUGCCUUUAGCUGAAUGUAAAGAGGGGCUUGUGUGCAAUGGUGCCCCAGAGACCGAAAAUAAGGCUUUAGAGCAGCCCCCAGGGCUUAGCACUCUCCAGAAGCACGCCACCCCCAACGGGCACUGCACCAAUGGGGAGGCUGGCAAGAGCAAGGACUCACUGAGCCGCCAGCUGUCUGCUACAAGCUGCGGCUCUGCCCACUUACACUCGAGGAACUUGCACCACAAGUGGCUGCACAGCCACUUGGGGAGGCCAUCUACAACGGGCAGCCCUGACCAGCCUUCCCGCAGCCACCUGGACGACGAUGGCAUGCCUGUGUACACGGACACUAUCCAGCAGCGCCUGCGUCAGAUUGAGUCAGGCCAUCAGCAGGAAGUGGAGACCUUGAAGAAACAAGUACAGGAGCUGAGGAGUCGCCUGGAGAGCCAGUACCUGACUGGCUCCCUCCGCUUCAAUGGGGACUUUGGGGAUGAAGUGACUUCAAUCCCCGACUCGGAAAGCAAUCUGGAUCAGAACUGUUUGUCUCGCUGCAGCACAGAGAUUUUCUCUGAAGCCAGCUGGGAGCAGGUGGAUAAACAGGACACGGAGAUGACCCGUUGGCUCCCUGACCAUCUGGCUGCCCACUGCUAUGCGUGUGACAGCGCCUUCUGGCUCGCCAGCAGGAAGCACCACUGCAGGGACACUGACCGUGUUGAUCAAACGUGGAAUUGUGGGAAUGUGUUCUGCUCCAGUUGUUGUAAUCAGAAGGUUCCAGUUCCCAGCCAGCAGCUCUUUGAACCCAGUCGAGUGUGCAAGUCUUGCUAUAGCAGCCUUCAUCCCACAAGCUCCAGCAUUGACCUUGAACUGGAUAAGCCCAUUGCUGCCACUUCAAACUGAAGCUCAGUGACCUGGGGCGGGCAGAGUCCAAGCUGCUGUUCCUCUGACAGGCCCACACAGCCUGGACAGUCCGAGAGGCCCGUGCACUUUGGAAUGGGGGCAUGGAACCACCUGUGCAGUGACAGAAAUUUGGGAUGUACCACUGGAUUGUAGAUCGAUUUUUCUUUCCUGUUGUUCCUCCUCCCUCCUUUUCCAUCUUCUGCCUCCAAAAAAGAAAGAAGUCCCCUGGUUGUCUUAAAUUUUUUUUUUUUUUUUUUUUUUUUUUUAAAUGAAAGACCAGAGGUUGCCAGGCCCCCCUGUAAACUGUUGAGCCGCCUGUUGUCCUGUGAUGCUGAAGGUUGGCUUGGUUCCUCAGGAUGGGAGGAGGCUGGUCAGAGUCAGGAGUGGAGGCCCGAGAUGAGUGAGUGGGGGGAAGCAAGCCAGGGCGGAUGUUUGUGACCAUUUCUCAUGCUACUGCCACAUCAGAGCUGAUUGGAAAAAAACCUUUGCUGCUGAGGAGGCUGAAAGCAUCUUCCCUCAGAGCACUGCCCUGAGUGCCAUCUCUCUCUUGAGAGGAGCUGGGCCUGUCCGACCUCAGAGAUAAAUGGGAUUGGCAUUUGAGGGAGGGACACAGAGUAAAUGGAACCCUUCCAGGCCCCCUUUCGGGGAAGGAAGGUGUUUGUUUCUCUGAAGCGAGUGAGAGGGACUGGGAAUGGGGGUGGCAUGUUCUCUCUUGCAUGGGAUUUUGUUUUUAACUUGACCCUGGAUGGUCUAGGGCUCCCUUCACGGUCAGGAGUAGGCCUCCCUCGGCCAGGCUGUGUAGUACUUCCCACCCUCAGGCAUAAGAGUACAUACUGGCCAGAGUGCGGUGUCCUGCUGCUGUGGCCAAGGCCAAAGCCUGCCCUGAGCCCGGGCACACCUGAAAGCCCCUUCCAGGGCCUGGUCCCCCAAACAAUCUCUCUUCCUUGACCAGCACAGGGAAAUCCAGACUCAGGGUUCCAAAAAUUCCCCAUUCCCAAACCAAACAAAUCAUGGAUCUCCCCCUUAAGGGGUAGAAUCAGCCUUUUAGAGUGCAAGCCUCUGGAAAAGGGAGCAUGUCCUAUACAAUCAGCCUUCCUCCUCCUUCCCUUCCCUUUUUGGGGCAGUGGGAAGGGCCCAGCGAUCCCCCUGCCCUGCUCCUGUGCUGCUGGCCAGCAGUGAGGGGACACUUGGUGACUCUGCAGGGUUCUUUAGAAAAUUUGUGACACAGCCCGUAGGAGAUUUGGGGCACCUUUCCCAGUAAGUUUGGUGUGGUCCAAAAAAAAAAAGAGCCUUAAAUCAAGAAUAUUUGUGGUAGAGUGAGUGUGGGGAAGGUUUGUGCUUUGUAAUCUUGGCAUCCAUGUUUUGUGCCUGCCCUCCCUCUUGGGGAAGGGCCAUGCUUGGCUCUGCUAAAAGCUGCUAACUGGUAAUGGCGGAUCGUGGUGAGCAGAUGGGGAUGAGGCCAGGGAACUCUCUGACCCUUUGGAAGCAAUUCCCUGGCCAAGGCAAGUUGUGUCUCAGGAAGGUGGCUCCUGUGUGUGCCUGGGUGUGGUUAUAAGGUAGCCCAGAGCCUCCCCUGGAGCUGUCAGUCCAGGCAAAGCCAAGAGCAUCAGAAUGAGUCUCUGACUUCCUAGUGGCUGCAGGUAGCUCAGAGUCUGACUUUAGUGAAACAGGGUGUAGUUCUUCUCCACACUCUGUAUGGUCUGGCCGUGCAGGUGGGGAGAAGUCAGUCUUAAUUAAAGAUUGUGCAGUUCCUAGUGACAGGUGCCAAGAGGUUAUGAUACGGGUUUCUUGGGUCUGAUGUAUAGUGUGAAUAAAUGCUUGUAGCUCUUAGCCCUUUUCGAUCAAUGAAGCACUUUUUUAUUAAUAUUUUUCUUUGUAUGUAAAGGAGGAACCGUAACUCUCCGUAGCUGUACAUAUAACCCUUUUCUCCUAAAGAGGAGUCAGUCAGUGCUCCUAUAUUUUUCAUUUUUUGUCAAAGCAGGAAGUAAAUACUUUAGAACUGUUAAAUAUAUAAAUAAAGUGAAUAAAGUUUAGUGUUCCGCAUGGUAGCAUUUGCUAACACAUUCUAAUUGUUUGCCUGUGGUUUAUUCCCUCUUCCUCCCUUUUCCCUCUUACACAGCAGCAGUUCGAGGUGCUGCCGGGAAGCUGAACUUUGGCGAAGGGAACUACGGGUUUCUGUUCUACUCUGGACCUUGGCAAGCACGUGCCCCACAGUGCCCAAGCACUGGAACACCUUUCGUUCAUGGUUUUGCCCCUCACCUCUCUCUAAAGCUAAAAAGGCAAAGCAAUCAGGCAUUUUAACAAUCGCCGGCGGUGGGGGGGUGGUGUUCCUCAUCCAAAGAACUGAGCAUCAGUAGUAAAUACAGUAAACUACCUCUGGCUUCUAGCCACGCACCCCCCCCCCCCGCCCCAGCAGCCGGUGCUCUGGCCCCUUAAGCCCACAGUGGCAUAUGCAGAGCUGGUUAAGCAGAGCCCUGCAUGGGGAGAUGUUGAGGCAGGAGUAGGUGUCCAGAAAGUGCUGCUUCCUGUGCUUGGAUGAGAGCGAGUGGGUGGGCUGAGAGACCCUCGGAAUAGAAGCUGACAUGGGUGUGACUGGAUCAUGUGCCUGACUGGAGGUCAUCCUCCCUCCACACCGAGCGCCCAACCUCUGCUCUGUAGACCUGCAGAACCAGCCAAGCAAGCAAGACCAUAGUAAUGGUCACUUCUUGACUAGUCUUGCUCUUCUCAGAGGUGGAUUUUCUUUCCUGGCGUCACUCUGGGGCACCCUUCCAUCGCAUAGGUCUGCGGGAGAGCUACAUCAUGCGCUUCCUCCCUAGAGGUUUGUCCUGAGUAGUGCCCAGCAUCUCUGGUGGGUUGGCCGGGCUCUAAAGAGUGACCUGCUCAGAGCCUCCCUAAGGGCCUCAACUCCAGGACAGGCUUUUCCAGGGUCGCUUUCUGGAAGCACUCUCUGCCUAGCUUGUGUAAAGUACCUGAAGAGCUGAGCUCAGGUGCAUGUGCCAUCCAGCAGGUGUUUGACAACGGCCUGUUCUUUGGGAGAAGGCGCCCCUUCACCUGCUAGCAGGGAGGCCAGACCACAUUCAGACCAGUUUGUAAAAAUGAGUGUGUUCCAGCCACCGUGUGUCGACACACUGCUCCUGUUCCUAAGGUCUGAUGGUUUAGACCUUGGCCAGUUAAAACACUAGGAAAACCCAGCAAGGCUGGCUGGGGCCCACAGGUGGGGAGCUGCUGGGGGGAGGUGAAGAUGAAAGCCAGAGUGCUGGUGAGACCUGCACAGUGUGAGGCUGAGGCCGGGAGCUGCUAUGGGAGAGGUCUGUGUGCAGAGAACGGUGGUUGGCCAAGGGCCACACGAGCUUUCUUCAGGCCCCCACGAGGCGGCACUUGGUGUGAAGCAGUGAGGGACUAACAGUGAGCAGCCAGGAUGUCCUCCUCAUCUCUGAACUUUAUCCUGGCGCUUUCUCAAUAUUUACCUUCUUUCUUUACUUUGGCCUUAAUCCGAGUCUAAAAAAUGAGAGGGCUGCCUUAAUCCACUGGGAUUUUUCUAGUGAGGAAGUACAGAAAAUUUUUUGAGUUAUUCUGCUAAUAUGCUCACUGUGGAUUCCUAUGUUAACAAAGCAUAUUCUAAGACUUAAAAAGGUGCUGUGGCAGAUCUGAAGGAGAAUGAAAAACAUGGCGCUGGGAGAUCUGUUAGACAAUAUUCAGCUAUCGAAUAUAUUGAAAUGGGAAUCAAGAAUAUACCCUAGAGUAAGAUUACAGGCUCUUGAGACCGCCGAUACACUUCGGGCUGCUGUGCGUGAAGCUAGGAGAUUAGAUUCCACGUUUGUUGAAGUUAACUCUAGCCCUGGCCUCUCCUCAUCUCUUAGGGCUGAUUUGAAGGUGCUCUUGCAGGAUUUCAUUUAGCGAGUGCCUGUUCAAGUGACCCAUCCCCAAGGCUGCAGCUGCACCUGCCCAAGUGAGUUCACCGAGGAAAGGCUAACAGCACAGUUAAAAAUGGACCCUAGGUCAUGGAGCAGUGACUGAUUCUCCAUUCGGAGUUUGGAAUAACAUGGUAAGAAUCCCAGCUAUUUAAUUUCUAGUCACGUUUUCUAAGAACAUUUGUUUUAAGUCGAGGUUACGAGCCAGGUGUCUUCAAGGGCCGGCCUAGAAUGUGUGAGAGGCUUCUGGCAGUAAGAGGUGACCCUCCUAAGCCUUUGCCUCUUAAAACACAAGGCCUGCUGUCCCUAGCAGGAAACCACAUGGACCCUUCCUCUCCUGUGUGCAGCGCUCACCUGCUGCACAGUCUGCACAGGUACCAGCUGCCUCCCCUGCGGAACAGGCCUCUCCUGAGCAAGGCCCAUGUUCAGAGACUUGAAGGAAAGGAGUCUCUCCCCACCCCCCACUCCCUAUGGGAAUCACAAGGUUUUUAAAUGUGGCUAUUGUAUUUUAUUUACCACUUCCUGUCUUUUCUUUCUACCCCAGUUGGGUCACCUUUUCUUAUAGUGCUCCUAGCAGUUGCAUUUCAAUUGUAUUUUCAAGUUGAAAGUUGUUUUACGUUGGCAUUUAAAAAUUGGCCUUUAGCUGCUUCCCUAUUGGUUCAUAAGGUUUUUUGUUUGUUUGUUUGUUUGUUUUUUUAAUGCAAACCUAACCCGUGAGGCUUGGAUGCUGUUUAAGAAACGCUGUGUGUUGCCACAGACAGUAGUGCUUGCCUAUUGUAACACCGUUGUUUCUGCUGUAGCCUUAGUGACCAUGUAAAUGAAAUAAACGUGUCCUCUUCACCCACAAACAGUUGUUCGGCCCCUGGAUUCUGGUUGCCACCGUGGUUCUUUAGCAAUGAGGUGACGAGCAUACUAGGUGCUGGGAUAAGUCAGUUCAGCUCCUUGGUUGGUCUGAGAGAGGCGGCUGAGCCCAGCGUUUGUGUGUCAGAGGCAGGGGACUUGAAAUCCUGACAUUAGACGUGGAAGGGAUCUUAGAUGAUCUGGUUUCGUGGUUUUCAUGCUAUUUUGUGGGAAGGGAGCCACCACGCCCAUUCAGUAUUAUACUUCUGAGUAAGAUACGAUUUGAAGAAAGGUUUUGGUGCUUAAAAUAAAAGUCUGAAAAUGAUUUGAUUUUA